GCCGGCUUCAUGUACUGGGAUCCCGGGAACCACCGAAAACACGAUUUGAGGAGUCAGCAUACUCGAAGAAAGUAGGAUAUAAACUACAAUCUGAAAUACUCUUACAUUGACACCUUUACAAAAUAUCCCUUCCGAGAUGUGAAUAAAAUCACAUCCGUUACCCCUCUUUGAUCCCCGACCCCACUUACCUCAUUAGUUUACAGUCGUCGUCACCCCUCUAUAUCUUGUAUUUAUGAGAUAAUUGUCAUAUAUAUCCCAAUGUCUCAAAUUACUAGAUAGUAUCAAGGACCAUCCACAGCUAAUCCACCACCUAAAAAUGGCCUCCUCUUCCUUACCCCCAACACCAUCAUUCUCCUCCCUCCCGCUCCAAUCCACCGGUCCUCGAGGCAACGCAUGGGGUCUUUACGGCCCCUCCGAUGAGCUCGGAUGUCUCAAUCGGCUCACUCCCAAAAACACCAUUGAAGCCGCCAAAGAGAUAAAACACGGCAUCCGAAUCUCCACUGAUUGGCCUUUAGAUAAACCGAAGGUCCCUUGCUUCGGACGUGUACAAUUUCAACAGAAGAUUAUAAAGAAAGGUGUGAGAAGUGUUAAUGAUGAUGAGCUAGUGUUGAAUACGCAGUGUAGUAGUCAAUGGGAUGGAUUCAGACAUUUUGGUUCGUUCAAAAUAUUUCGGGCAAUUAACAAUUGACUAAUGGGACACUUGGAUAGGAUAUCAAGAUCAUAAGGUUUACUUCAAUGGUUGUACGCAAGAAGAAAUCCAUAAUUCAACCCGAAACGGAAUCAACGGUCGGUGCAGUAUUCUAUAAUCCUCUAUUUCUCUCUGUCACUUCUCGGAUAUCUAACAGCUACCUUCAGUUUGGGUAGAAAACGGCGGCAUAGUGGGCCGCGGUGUUCUUCUCGACUACGCUCACUGGGUCGAGUCCCAAGGUCGAACACUUUCCCCUCUGACAACGAACAAAAUACCUCUAUCAGAGAUCAAAGCGGUGGCCGAAGCCCAAAAUGUUACGUUCCGUCCUGGAGACAUUCUCUUCAUUCGUACCGGGUACAUCCGUGCUUGUGAGCCAUUUUCAUACUUUGAUGGAGUGAUCCUUGGCCGCAUUUACAGCUGUCAAAAGACUAACACCUUCGUCGCUUCCUUUAGUCGAUGCACUCAGCCCCUCUGAUGCCAGUGCCAUUGCUACCGCUCCCCAAAUGACAACUAUAGGUCUCGAAGCCUGCAAGGAAGUCCUUGAAUGGCUUUGGGAGAAAGAAUUUUCCGCCGUCGCCGGCGACCAGCCUGCUUUGGAAUCUCUUCCUUUUGACCUGAAAAAUCAACACUGGAUCCACGAAUGGCUCCUAGGUAUGUAAUUGUCCAUAAACUUAACCUAAUUUGACACCCGAUUCUAUUUCCAUGUCUAAAACUCCAUUUGCAUAUUUCAUUGCCAAUUCAGCUCGCUUCUUCUAGAAUCUUGUCUUGAGAAACAAAUCACUGACUUACCAAUCUGGUAUUAGCCGGGUGGGGAAUGCCUAUAGGAGAGCUAUUCGACUUGGAGAGAUUAGGGGAGGAGUGUAGAAGAUACAAGAAGUGGUCGUUCUUUUUUAGCAGUGUUCCUUUGAAGGUUAGUUGACGAGCCAUCCAGCAACCUCUUUCAGUACCUGCGUGCUCGCGUAUCGGGGUUUAUUUGUUGAAUGAUGCAUUGAAGAGGGAUAUUGAAGUCGAAGUUGAUACUAAUGCCAACAAAUGAUAGGUACCAGGAGGAGUAGCGAGUCCGCCGAACGGGGUUGCGAUUUUGUGAGAUGUUACUACGUUAGAAAUUUUAGUAUAGAUUUCACAACUGUCAAAUCGCUCAAAUUAUUCCAUUUGAUCAUGUAAUAUUUGCAUCCUGUCUUUACGAUGAAAGUAAAUAGAUAGCAUUGAGAUCUAGCUCAUCAAUUACAAGCCUCUG